AUGGAGUGGCGCCAGCAGACCAGUGUCAGCUGUGCAGACGCCUUCGGCGAGGCUCAACGCUGGAUAGAGGAAGUGACCAGAAAAUAUUUUGGUUGUAAUGACUUCCGUGCUGCUCUAGAGAAUGGAGUGCUGCUUUGCGACCUGAUCAACCAACUAAAACCUGGUAUCAUCAAGAGAGUGAACAGGCUUUCUACUCCCAUUGCUGGCCUGGAUAAUGUCAAUGUAUUCCUGAAAGCCUGUGGGAAACUGGGACUAAAUGAGUCACAGCUGUUUCACCCAGGAGACCUGCAGGACCUGUCCACUCGUGUGACUCUCAGGCGGGAUGAAAGCAACAGAAGACUCAAAAAUGUUCUGAUCACAAUCUACUGGUUGGGUCGCAAGGCUCAUCUAGAUGCAUUCUACAGCGGUCCUCAUCUUAACUUCAAGGCCUUUGAAGGGCUGUUAGGGUUGGCUUUAUCCAAGGCUCUUGAUGAGGGCAGUAAUGUCUUUGUGAAAGACAGCGGAUACAAAGAGUACUGUUACCCAGAAAGGGAGGAAUUUCGGCGCAUGAGACCGAGCUAUAAGAGAGAGAACUCUGCGAACAGCAUCGACUUGCUGGACUCCCGGGCUCUCCGUCCAAAUAGUGAAGGUUGUGGAAGUGACGCAGAAGCUGAGCAAGUGUUCAGGAUGGAGAAAGCACAGCAUUCGGCCCAGCAAACGAAAGGCUAUAUCCCACCACCACUCCUACGGACAAAACAAGGACAAGAGAACAGAAGGGGCUGUGCCAGUCCCCUUGCCAGCAAUGAAGAUAUCCCAUUCUCCUCUCAACCCCACUUCACUUUGUCUUCCCCCGAAUGGGCCAUCGAUGAAGAGCUUUUCCUGCAAGCUCUGUGCGAGGGAGACUCUGAGGAUGAUUACACUGAGGCAGACCCUGUACUAGAUGACUUGUAUGCCCGGCGAGUGCAGCAAACCCUUCAUCAGACAUCGACUAACCGUAACUAUGACCGUUUCUUGCCUCGAUAUUGGACACCUGAAGAGGAGACCCGUGUCCGCACGAUCUACCUUGGCUCCCAGACAAGACCUUGGUAUCGUAAAAUGCAAGGCUUAAGGAGCAAAUCACUCAGUGACAUCCCAAUGGUAUACCCUGUGCGUAAAGACAUUCGCACAGCAUCGGAGUGGAAUCAAGAAAACAGACGGAUCAGUGUCGCUGCCAAGGACAGUGAAGCUAAGUGGCAAGAUGACUUGACAAAGUGGAAGAACCGUCGCAGGAGCACGAAGUCUGAUCUCCGCAGGAAGUCGUAUGACCGAGAUCAUGUCAUUAACCAAAUGACCAAUGGGACUGUGACUGACUUUAAGAAAGAGACACAAAGUGGACGAGUGAAGCGAGACCAGCAGUCCCCACGCAGGUACAACCCUGCCCCCCGUCCUUACUCCACCUCACCUCCAUCAAAAUCAUCAAACUCUGAUCUCCGGCCACAUACUCGAACUCUGCUGGCCCGCAGCUACGCUUUUGAGGCACCCUUCAGCCCCACAGCCCCAUAUAGCCACCAUAACAAAACCCCCGUGCAGGGAUCAUCAGUUGAAGCAAUGCCUGCCUCUGAUGGAAACAGCUUGGGAGAGGAGACCCACUUUGGCUCUUUGGCUUCAGAUGGAGCAGGAGUAACCACACCUUCUUUUGACUGUCCUUUCAGCUCCCAGACCCAGGCCAAAGCCCAGGGCAGCUCAGCUCCAUGCCAGCCCGCAUUUGAACCUGUUCAGCCAGAAAAUGUUUUCACUGUCCAAAUCUCCCCUCUGGUCACAACAACACUGCCAAAUGACACCACAAAAUCAACUGGCAGCAGGGAUCCUACUACAACUGUGUCCAUUCAUAAGGAAUUUCCUUUCUGCAUGGAUUCAAAGGUUUCCGCUUUCUGCCCUGAUUCAGUUGACCAGGCAGCUGCUGCUGGUCUGGAAGAUGUGUCGAAUCAGAAGUCAGGAGAAAAGAGCCAGAAGACCUCUUUGGAACCAGCUGCAGAGCAAGGCAGAGGUCAGCAGGCUGCAGGCAUCAACAAAUACCUCUCCAGGACUGUGUCAUGGUCCGGCUCAGCUAGCCUUCCCCGCGGUUACCGGCGGUCUGAAGGCUCUUCUCGUCUCUCCUCUGUCAUCACAGCCCGACCCUUUGGGACAAAGCAGCCCAGGGUGUCGUCACUGCCCAGACUCUACAAUGUUGAUGAUAAGCAGGGGGUGCUGCUGAAUAAGGAGAAGGAGGCAUGUCUUUCUCCACCCGGUAGAUCUCUGCUCAAAAGGCAGGCUGCAACUGGCCAUCUGAGGGGUCAAUACCAGGCUUCAAUCAGACAGAAGAAAGCUAACCAAACAAAGCAGAAUUGUAAACAGGGGGAGGAGGGAAAAGAUGCCAGUCUUUCCAGCCAGACUGUCUCCAAAACCAAUGGCUUCCACCAUCAGCCCUACACCCAAAUCCAGCUUCUGCCCCAGCCUUAUUUAAACAUUCAGUCCCAACAGGACAAAACCUCGACUCUGAACUGUACUGCCAGUAUAGACCUGCCAAAGCAGGCCUCUGAAGUCUCUAGUUUCCACCAGGAAGCACAGGACAUUGGAUCAAUGGGUGUCACCUUUACACGCAGCCUGGCGGAGCUUUGCCAGCUGUGUGUGGACGAUGAGAUUGUGGCUGUUGAUGGAGUCGCAGUGGCACACAUGAGCUACAACCAAUGGGAGGAUAAAAUGACAUCUGCCCUGCAAACUGGCAGUCUGACCAUGGACAUUCGACGCUACGGCAACAAGGAUUGGAGCACCAGUGAGGGGAGUCAUCACAACCAGCAAGGUCAGAGCAGGAUGACCCUCAAUCUGACUUCUUCGGCGCCCGUUCUGAUAGGUUGUGCUGAUCACCAUGCCAACAGUGCUACAUCUACAGAAACCUCAGUCACAAAAUUGUCCAAAUUCAAUGGGCAGACAGACAAUGUUAUACAAGGUAAAGUCAUGGGUGGAGAGCUUGAUGACAACCACAGCACAACCAUAAGUAAAGAUUAUAUAAUGGCUAGGAAAAAUGAGAAAAGGAGGACAGAAUUUUUCAAACAGAAAGGUUCCGAAUCUGCAAUAUCUGACCUCCAGGUGCCAUCCCUCAGCCCCUCCCCAUCCAGCUGGUCGUGGGACCGAGAAGAGGAUCGAAGGCGCCAGGAGAAGUGGCAGGAAGAGCAGGAGCGCCUCCUACAGGAGCAAUACCAGCGGGAUCAGGAGAGGCUGGAGGCAGAGUGGCGGAGGGCACAACAAGAUGUAAUUGGGGAGCUGGGCAGGAAGCAGGGGAACACCUUUGAGAUGACCAAUGGUGGUGAGAGCUCUGCCAGACACCUCCGUGUGAACAGGCUGACAAACAGAACCAGAGAAGAAGAGCAGGGCCCUGAAAGUGAUGAGCUUAAAGAAACAGUGUCAAAGGCUCAAAGUAACACACAAAGAGUGCAGAAUGACAAAACGACUGAACAAUACUGGGCAAAGUCCUUGUCUACCCCAGCAUUAGCUGGAUCCCACAAACAGCCAAGAGGUGAUCAGAGGAAAAGAAAGGGGCAGAGUGUGUCUAAGGCUGAGCAAGAAAGGCAGCAGAUACUGGAGGAGAUGAAGAAGAGGACUCAGCUCCUGACUGACAACAGCUGGAUACGUCAGCGCAGCAGCAGUUUUUACAGGGAGCCAGUCUAUGUUGGGGUUCCAAUGAAGAGGUACGAGUCUCUGGACAAUCUUGAUACGUUGCGCCAGUCCCCAGUCUCAACUGCUAUGUUUAAUUACCCCCGUCCACACUCGGCUGCUGCAGGUUACUGCGCCCCAAUGUGUUACUGUCUUUAUUUUGUCUGUCUGUUUUACACUGUCAACAUAUGCUGCCCCAGGAUGGUCAGUGGCAGACGGAAAUGCAGUGUGUGUGAGCGUGCCCUGGGUAGUGGGGCAGCCAUGGUCAUUGAGUCCCUUAGUCUCUGCUUCCACCUCACCUGUUUCCAGUGUGUGGGCUGCCAGCGACAUCUCGGAGGAACAGAGACUAGAGUCCAGGUUCGGAUCCGGAAUGGGAAGUCCUACUGUGAGCCCUGCUAUUUCCAACUCAAGUGUGAGUAUUGGUCAUUGUGA